AUAUGAUGAGAAUCAGUGGAAUAAUUGUUAUAUUUUGCCUGACUUUGGCACAAAAGAGCCAUGCUCUUGAGGUCAUCAGCGAAACAGAGACGACAGAAUAUGGACCUGUUACCAUGGUUAUGGACAGUCUAGCCCAGAUUGCCGUCAAUGUGAGCGAUGAAUCCACCAUCCAGAUGCAAUCAAAAAUGAAUCGUACUGUACAGGAAAUUGCGGGUAACAUGGAGGUAUUAAUAUCCAAUGCCAUGUCAGAGCUAAGUGAUGCCAUUUAUGAGACGAACAGUCUCUUCAUAGCCAAUCCUGACUGUAAUCCAGCUUGGAAUCUCGAGGAAUUGAUUGCCAAUGUGACAAAUCAAUUGAGCGGUUGCACUGCCACCUUGUCCAACUCGAUGGAAUCUUUCCGCUAUAAUGCUCAAGAAAUGGUGGGCUCCAUCCAGACUCUUGUCCAGCAGAUUGGUCAAUUGCCACACUUCUGCCAGCUUCUAGGCGCCUCCACGGAGGCCGUGGCCCCGCUGGGUUUUGCCAGUGGCAACAAUUGCUUUUUGCGUGGCAUGACCGAGAUCAAUCAGAACAUGGCACAGGCUAUGCAUAAUGCCUCCUUGCUGCUGGUCCGUACACGCCAACAAUCCCAGGAGCAAGUGGCUCAAUCUCAGCAAUGCAGCGACUUAGUUGUUUCCGAAAUUCGCAACUUUUUAAGCGAAGAGCGCGCAAAUUGCAAUAGUUCUACAUAAACAGAAGUUAUAAUCGAAUUAAAGAACAAUUUAUUCACCCAGAAAGGAUAACCAAUA